CUCGCCAGCCAUGACGCGGCUCUGGUUCCGGCCUCCCGCCGUGCAGCUCUACAUCUCCUCCUUUCUCGGGCUGCUCGAUCUCAAGACGGGCGCGCUCAUCAUCUCGCUCUUUGCGCUGUUCAACAAGACGGCCGGCGUCUUUGGCCUGCUCGCCGUCUUCCAGGGCGGCUCAGUGGCGCAGAUUUCCCUCUAUCUCUACUCCUGCGCCUCCAUCCUCCUCUUCCUCUGGGCGCUGCGCGGCAUCGCAGACGAAGACGCCGCGCGCACCAUGCGCUACGCACACGCCUUUCUCGCAGACCACAUGCUCUCCUCGGCAUGGACGCUGCUCUUCGGCAUCGGCUGGUUUGUGUACACGCCGCACGACGGCGGGCGCCCGCAGCUGGCGCCGCACCAGGCGGGCCUCAUGGCGCUUAUUGAGGGCAUCGAGAAGAGCUACGAGGUGCCGGGCAGCAUCAAGCACCACGUGCCCCUCGAGGGCGAGGCAAGGAGAAAGGCGGCGCAGCAGGUCUGGAGCGACGAGAGGGGCUUCAGUGCCGCCGUGCUCGCAGGCGGCUUCAUGCUCAAGGUGAGUUCGACGCGGCAAACGACAAGAGGCGGGCCAAAGGAGAGAGACCGAGGAAGCGAGGCAGCGAGAAAGCGAGAAGCGGGAGGAGCUGCUAGGAGGCCAUGUCCCUGUGGCAGUCACGCACGUCGCAGGCCGAGGGCAGUGAGCUGAGGGGCACUCGGCCAGCGCUGGAUGAGGCAAGCAGAGAGAGAGAGAGGCGUUCUGGAGUGAAUAGGGCAGAGGGUUCUUCGUUUCUCGUGUGGAGAGACGGCGCGGGCGCUGUUCACGCACCCGAGCGUGUGCGACGUUUUGCCCCCCCCAUGCGUCAGCUGACGGGCCUGCCCAUUCCUCUCUCUCUCUCUCUCUCUUUGUCCCCUAGCUCUACUUCGCCCUCAUCCUCUAUUCCUUCGCGCUCCAUCUGCGGCACGGCACCUACCGCGCCCUGCCUCUGAC